CCUUCGAAAGCGAGUAGUUGGACUUCCAGUGAGAGAGAUAAUGGCGUCGUCCAUUUCCGCCCUAGCACCGUCGUUGAAUGUUCCGGCGAUGGCCAUUGGUGCACUCUGCCACCGCACUUCACUACCUGCUCCUGGUUUAGGAUGCGGAUCCUCUGCAGUCUCUACUUUCCGGAGGUCUUCUAAGCCGUGUUAUUCCCAUCGAUCUAAGUCCUUUGCUUGCUUCGCCAUUUCUACUAACGCCAGUAUAAAGGAGGCUGUUAAAACUGACAAGGCUCCAGCAGCUUUGGGUCCCUAUUCUCAAGCCAUAAAAACCAAUGAUACCGUAUUCCUAUCUGGUGUCCUUGGUCUUAUUCCGGAGACUGGGAAGUUUGUCUCGGACAGCGUGGAGGAACAAACCGAACAGGUUCUCAAGAACAUGGGAGAGAUAUUGAAAGCAAGUGGUGCCAGCUAUUCCUCUGUGGUUAAGACCACAAUCAUGUUGGCUGAUCUGAAGGACUUUAAGAAGGUGAAUGAGAUAUAUGCUAAAUAUUUCCCUGCACCAGCACCCGCUCGUUCAACAUACCAAGUUGCAGCGUUGCCGUUGGAUGCAAGGAUCGAGAUCGAAUGCAUAGCAGUAGUCUAGUUUCUUUUGUACUGAAUCUUGUUCUCCUUGCAAGGUGAUCUGAAUGAUGGUUUCUAGUAAUAAAAAUGGGUUCAUUUCUACA